AGGAUCGAGCAUUCUUUCUGCUCUGCAGGAUUUGUUCUGGCUAUCUAAGUCCAAAGUAGAAAAACAACUCCAGAUCAUCUCUGUGCUGCAAUGGGUUCUCACUUUCCUUAUCAUGGGUGUUGCUUGCACUUUAAUCCUUAUGUACAUACUGUGCACAGACUUCUGGGCGAUUGCUGCUCUAUAUUUAGCCUGGCUGGUAUUUGACUGGAAUACACCAAACAAAGGUGGAAGAAGAUCUCAGUGGGUGAGAAACUGGGCUAUAUGGAGGUACUUCAGGGAUUAUUUUCCUAUAAGACUGGUUAAAACCCACAAUCUGCUGACCACCAGGAAUUACAUUUUUGGGUACCAUCCGCACGGCAUCAUGGGCUUUGGUGCCUUUUGCAGCUUCAGCACAGAAGCCACAGGUGUCAGCCAGAAAUUCCCUGGGAUCCGACCAUAUCUUGCUACCCUGGCUGGGAACUUCAGGAUGCCCAUUUUGAGGGACUACUUAAUGUCUGGUGGUAUAUGUCCUGUGAACCGUGACAGCAUAGACUACAUCUUGUCCAAGAAUGGCAGUGGCAAUGCCAUCAUCAUUGUGGUUGGAGGGGCAGCGGAGUCUCUGAACUGCACCCCAGGGAAAAACUCUGUGACGCUGAAAAACCGGAAAGGAUUUGUGAAGCUGGCUCUACGGCAUGGUGCGGACUUGGUUCCUGUCUACUCCUUUGGGGAGAACGAAGUGUACAAGCAGGUGAUCUUCGAGGAGGGUUCCUGGGGAAGAUGGGUUCAGAAGAAGUUUCAGAAGCACAUUGGCUUUGCUCCGUGCAUCUUUCAUGGCCGUGGCCUCUUCUCCUCCAACACUUGGGGAUUGUUACCUUACUCCAAGCCCAUUACUACUGUUGUUGGGGAGCCCAUCACCAUCCCCAAAAUCAAUAAUCCAUCCCAGAAGGAAGUGGACUUAUACCACAGCAUAUACGUGGACUCCCUGAUCAAACUCUUUGACAAAUAUAAGAGCAAAUUUGGCCUGCCAGAGACUGAGGUCUUGGAAGUCAACUGAAGGGACUGGCUCAGCAGCACCUCCUUCUCUCAGAAAAAAACACAUCUUCUCCAGGAGUCCAAGCUGUCAUCGUGUACUUGAAAGCAUGUGUGGGUGUAUGUGUCUUUCAAAGAAAGUGUUAAAAGUAUUGCUAGAUCACUUUUAAAAAUAAAAAAAGGCUUUACUUCGGAUAAAUCCCAGUACAAACGUCUUU